AUGUCUGCCUCUCUCCCAGGCAAUCGAGAAUUGCCCGCUUCUCAGUAUGAUCUCAGUACAUACUGGGGACGGGUGAUGCAUUCUGCGGCCAUUUCAGACCCUAGAACAUUGUUGGUCAACAGCGCCGGAUUGGAGAAUGCGAAAAGUCUCAUUUCGAAUUACAAACAGGGGAAGAUCCAUGAAAUGACUCCGGAGUUAUGGAAUGCGAAAAAAAUUGUUGAUUCAACAUUACAUCCAGAUACUGGCACUCCAGUUUUCCUUCCGUUUCGAAUGUCAUGCUUCGUUUUAUCAAACUUGGUAGUCACAGCAGGAAUGCUCACACCAGGAUUGGGAACGACAGGAACAUUGUUAUGGCAAAUUACAAACCAAUCUCUUAAUGUGGCUAUCAACAAUGCCAAUGCCAACAAAUCCACCCCUCUCUCAACCUCAAAAAUUGCACAAUCUUACUUUCUCGCAGUUGGAGCUUCUUGCUCUGUUGCACUUGGUCUCAAUGCUCUCGUUCCAAGAUUAAAGAAAGUUAGCCCAGGCACCAAGAUGAUACUUGGAAGAUUGGUACCAUUCGCUGCCGUUGCAAGUGCUGGAGCAUUGAACGUUUUCUUGAUGCGAGGAGAAGAAAUUAGAAAAGGCAUUGAUGUUUAUCCAGUUCUCUCAGAAUCGGAUAAGGUAAAGCUUGCAGCAGAGGGCAAAUCUGAGUCUGAGGUUGCUUCAUUGGGCAAGAGCAAGAGAGCAGCCACUAUUGCCGUCUCGGAGACAGCUAUCAGUCGAGUUUUGAACAGUUCUCCAAUUAUGGUUAUUCCAGCUUUAAUUUUGGUGAGAUUACAGAAGAAGCAGUUUCUCAUCAGAAACCCUAGACUCACAUUACCAAUCAAUCUGGGUCUCAUUCUUGGUACUAGUCUGUUCGCCUUACCUCUAGCUCUAGCGGCCUUCCCUCAACGCCAAAGCGUAGAUGCAUCAACGUUAGAGGAGGAAUUCUGGGGCAAGGGCGGAGAGGGUGGAAAAGUCGUUUUCAACAGAGGAAUAUGA